GGGGCACUUGAUUUUCAUUUUGCAUUCAAUAUGACGACUGUCAAUGUUUCCCUGGUUCGUGAUACCAAGUGGCUGACGGUAGAAGUCUGUAGAGAAUAUCAGAGAGGAACGUGCUCUCGCGCUGAUGCAGACUGCAAGUUUGCCCAUCCACCGAGAGAUUGCCAGGUGGAAAAUGGUCGUGUCGUGGCUUGUUUUGAUUCUUUAAAGGACCGUUGUACUAGAGAGAACUGCAAGUACCUUCACCCUCCUCCACAUUUAAAAACUCAGCUGGAAAUUAAUGGACGCAACAAUCUGAUUCAACAAAAGACUAUCGCAGCCAUGUUCGCCCAGCAAAUGCAACUUAUGCUCCAUAAUGCUCAGAUGUCAUCAUUUACUUCCUUUCCAAUGGCUCCAUCGCUUGCUGCAAAUCCGACCAUGACUUUCAAUCCUUAUGUGCCUCAUCACGGGAUGGGUAUGAUGCCUGCUGAACUUCUACCAAAUCCUCCACCUGUUCUGAUUCCUGGCAACGCAGCUCUCCCAAUGGCAGGAACCACCGGUCUAAAACCAAUGCGUUCAGAUAAACUGGAGGUUUGCCGAGAAUUUCAGCGUGGAAAUUGUACCCGUGGUGAGAACGAUUGCCGCUAUGCUCACCCCACAGAUGUGUCCAUGAUUGAUAUCAGCGAUAAUACUGUGACAAUCUGCAUGGAUUACAUUAAAGGCCGAUGCUCCCGGGAGAAAUGCAAAUAUUUUCAUCCUCCUGCUCACUUGCAGGCCAAACUCAAGGCAGCUCAUCAUCAGAUGAACCAGGCUGCUGCUGCAAUGGCCCUUCCACCUGGUACAAUUCAGCUGAUGCCAAAGAGAACACCAAUUGACAAGGCUAAUGGUGCCACCCCGGUCUUUAAUCCCAGUGUUUUCCACUGCCAACAGGCUCUGACUAACCUGCAGCUCCCACAGCCGGCAUUUAUCCCUGCAGGGCCAAUAAUGUGCAUGGCACCCACAUCAAGUAUGGUGCCCAUGAUGCACGGUGCUACAUCUUCCACUGUGUCUGCAGCAACAGCACCUGCCACCAGCGUUCCCUUCGUUGCAACAGCUACUGGCAAUCAGAUACCCCAGUUAUCAAUAGAUGAACUGAAUAGCAGCAUGUAUGUUUCACAGAUGUAGAAGUUACCAAUAGAACAUUCAAGUUCUGAGCAGCA